AUGAUCUCGGAUCCGGAGCAGUCGCCCAGGCUACUGCGAAGAAUCACCUUGGCUUUGCGGUGUCAGUCGCUGGCCGGAUGGGCCGGGCCCGAAUGGGAUGUUGACAUUGCAAACGUAAUAAUUGGCCGCUUCUUGACCCAGGGGCCCCUCACGCACCUCCACAGCCUCCGAGUCAGCCCAGGGUUAGCACUGGGUUGUUUGACUUCUUCCUUCAGGGUUUCAAACCCUGUUCUCGCGUGGGGUUUCAAACCCUGGAAGAGAAGUUCAGUUCCCACGCUCCCCUCUCUUCCGCAUCAUAUCGCAUUAGCCGUGCGGGUGUGAGCGUGGGACGUCUGCCACCUACCGCCUCAAUAGCCCUUGAUACAGGGGCCUCUCCCCGAUACCAGCAUCCAUCGUUGUCGACUACUUCGGUCCAGUCAGGGGCGGGCCUCACGUCUAUUUCCUCCCCCGCAUCGCAUCGCAUCGCACAUCGCAGGUACACAGAAGCGAGAUGAGGCGAAAGACGAGAAGAAAUCAGCUGGUGUGCAUGGUGACAUCGCUGCCUGUGUUGUGUGUGCAGCCAGAUCUAUCGCACUGCAUCCCUUCCCAAAACCCCACACGAUGUCCUUCUCCACGCACAUCGCCAUGAUCGUGAUCCUCGGCUGCAUCGCUGCCGCCUCAGCCUACCCGAGGAUGGCCGGCUCCUGCGUGGCGCCAAAUAGCGGUCCCGUGCACCGCGCCGUGCCGACGGAUCUCCCACAGGCGUUCACCAUUGACAUUACGCCAACCAUCGGCCGUGAUGGCUUCGAGAUCAAUGUCAGCGGAGAGCCGUACAAGGUGCGCGCAGCUGGGGGGAGGGAGGGAGGGAGGGGGGGAGCACUCAUAUGGUCCGUCUGAUGCCUGCCUGCUUUGCUCUGCGUUGUUUGGCGACAGGGGGUGAUGAUGGUGAGCGAGGCUGGCGAGUUCUUCAUCACAGAGGAGGCAUAUUCCCAGCUGCAGUAUAUCAGCUGCCCCGCCGGGGAGGACGACUCGGUCCCCGCGCCGUCCGGCGAGGCCACCUCCGCCGUGUCGCACAACAGCGCCGAGGAGAAGACCAGCACCUCUGUGUUGCUGGACACCACGGGGGUGGAGGCAGGGACGUCAUUCAACGUGACCAUCACACUGCUGACAGCGAAAGACGGAGAGUGGUACCAGGUCAAGGAGACCAUCACGGCAUGAGACGACUGCAGGCAGACAGGCAGCCAGCCUGCUUCAGGCAGUCCGCCACAGGCAGCACGGGCGGCUGCUCGGUGUACUUGGUCUACUUCAUCUCAUCUAUCUGUGUGUCGCCCAUCACGUGUGCAUGAUAUAUAUGUGUGUGUGUGUGGUGUACAGUCAGCGAGUGGGUCGGUGUGCUUGGGUGGGGUGUGCACGUGGUGCGUGUUGGUGUGGAUCGUUGAGGAAUCGUUUAUCAAAGCGUCAAAGCGUUCAUUCAUCUGUCGUCCAGCUUUCUGGACGCUGUUUUGAAAUUUGGGCGUGGCGUGAGAGAGGCGAGUCGCGAGGCACAUGCGAUGCAUCCGUGUCGGUGAUCUACAGGGAUACACAUCACAUGCACACACACGCAUCUAAGAGACAGACGAUGGGGACUUUUUCAUUUGGGAGAUGUGGGUGCCUGCCUUGUCGUGUCGUCUCUCUCUCUCUCUCUCUCUCUCUCCCGGACGGCACGGCACGCGGCGGCACCUCUGUCGACCGACAGACGGCCAUCUUGAUCUGUCUGUCCAUGGCUGAUACCUGCCUGUAUGCCUCGCGGUGAAUGAACCUCUAUGUGGCGUGAGCAUGAGGACACUUUAUAUGUGCAGGUGGU